AAACUCUCUUUACAAUAACUUCUCCUGGUCCCUCGUUGUGAGGCUGUAGAACAGCGGGUGCGCGCAAUUACGCAACACCCCCGCCUGUCCUGUGAGCUAUAACCGGAUCAGCGUCUCUCCUCAGCCUCUCAGGUCCUGCACACAAACUGACACCGGCCAUCUCUAAGCUGACAGACUGCCUCGUGACUUCAGCCGGCUCCAGUCACCAUGGGAAAGGAGAAACAACACAUCAACAUUGUCGUGAUCGGCCAUGUGGACUCUGGCAAGUCCACCACCACGGGCCACCUCAUCUACAAGUGUGGGGGCAUCGACAAGAGAACCAUCGAGAAGUUUGAAAAAGAAGCCGCUGAGAUGGGGAAGGGGUCGUUCAAGUACGCCUGGGUGCUGGACAAGCUGAAGGCAGAAAGGGAGCGUGGCAUUACCAUCGACAUCUCGCUGUGGAAGUUCGAAACCAGCAAGUACUAUGUGACCAUCAUCGACGCCCCGGGUCACAGGGACUUCAUCAAGAACAUGAUCACCGGGACCUCCCAGGCUGAUUGUGCCGUGCUGAUUGUGGCGGCUGGCGUGGGAGAGUUCGAGGCCGGUAUCUCCAAGAAUGGACAGACCCGCGAGCACGCCCUCCUGGCCUACACUCUGGGAGUAAAGCAGCUCAUUGUGGGCAUCAACAAGAUGGACUCCACCGAGCCAAACUACAGCCAGAAGCGCUACGAGGAAAUUGUGAAGGAAGUGAGCACCUACAUCAAGAAGAUCGGCUACAAUCCGGACACCGUUGCCUUUGUGCCCAUUUCCGGCUGGAAUGGAGACAACAUGCUUGAGCCCAGCCCGAACAUGACAUGGUUUAAGGGGUGGAAGAUCAGUAGGAAAGAUGGCAAUGCAUCAGGGACCACACUACUGGAGGCUCUGGAUGCCAUCCAGUCCCCCAGCCGUCCAACAGACAAACCUCUACGUCUGCCGCUGCAGGAUGUCUACAAGAUAGGAGGUAUUGGUACAGUGCCUGUAGGCCGCGUGGAGACGGGCAUACUCAAGCCUGGCAUGGUGGUGACCUUUGCCCCCGUCAACGUGACUACCGAGGUGAAGUCUGUGGAGAUGCACCAUGAGGCGCUGAACGAGGCCCUCCCCGGCGACAACGUGGGCUUCAACGUCAAGAAUGUGUCCGUUAAGGAUAUUCGCCGUGGCAACGUGGCUGGCGACAGCAAGAACGACCCGCCGCAGGAAGCAGCCAACUUCACUGCUCAGGUGAUCAUCCUGAACCACCCGGGCCAGAUCAGUGCAGGUUAUGCUCCUGUGCUGGACUGUCACACUGCUCACAUCGCCUGCAAGUUUGCGGAGCUCAAGGAAAAGAUUGAUCGCCGCUCUGGCAAGAAGCUGGAGGACAACCCCAAGUUCCUCAAGUCUGGAGAUGCUGCCAUUGUGGAUAUGAUUCCAGGCAAGCCAAUGUGCGUUGAGAGCUUCUCCGAGUACCCGCCACUUGGUCGCUUUGCGGUGCGUGACAUGCGUCAGACUGUGGCCGUCGGCGUGAUCAAGGCCGUGGAGAAGAAGCUCUCUUCCACUGGUAAAGUUACCAAGUCCGCCCAGAAGGCCCAGAGGACCAAAUGAAUGUUGUGCAUCUCUGCCGACCCCAAGGUCUCCCAGGGCAGGACAUCGGUCAUCCAAAUGCAUUCUUCAAUUGGCUGCUUCAACUUAAUAAUCAAAGACUGGUUAAUCAUCACAAUGCAUCGGAAAAGCAUUCGAAGGAAAGAAAAACAUUUAGAUUUUAAGUCCUUUAGGCGACACUCCUGACUCCAUUUCAGUGGUUAGAUUAUUAUUUACAAUGUAAUAAACGGAUAGUUUAAAUGUGCACGGUCCAUUUGGUUCAUGGCAAUAUUGACCUGUGAUAUUGAACAUUUAGAGGCACUGAAACGUUCCGCAGGCACCGGUCUCUUUACAUGGUACAUGUUGUCUUGCUUUUGGUGUUUUCUUUCUCAACUACAUGGUGCUCUGUAGGAGCAAGAUGUUAAAGCUACAUUCUUCCGAGUAGUAGAUAAGUAGAACGUUGUGAUUGUUGUGUUAAGCUAUAAAAAGCACUUAAAACAAAUGGGUCGAAAUGUGUCCUUCCCGAGGGACACCGAGUACACCACCUGUUCAGUCUUCAAGCACUUUGAUUGGCGUUUUGCUAACUUUGCACUUGCACUGGAGAAGCUUCAAUUGGCACAAGCUACUGCACCUUACUGUAAGAUGGCAUGAGCCUCUUUGCAACAUUAAACAUGUUUCAACCAGAA